AUGUGUAUUAUUUUGCAUUUGGAAGAAGUAAUUGAAGAACAAAAUAAUUUGAUUUUACGUCGACCCAGCUGGCCCACAAAGGUGCGGGUUGAGGGUCGACCCGACUAUCGACCCAGCCGUUGA